UUAUUAGCGCCUAGCAACCUAACAAAGUAUAGCUUCAUUCAAGUGAUUUUAAUAUUCGAUUUGAUUUAACUUUAUAAAACAUUGUUUUCAUACAAACUCGUGCAAAAUAACAGAAAUGAAGAAAACAACAAAAGAUUUGGCGCCUAUUGCUAUACCGCACGGUCCACCCGUGGAAUGUACGGCGGAAUAUUUUAAAUCGCUGAUGGAAAGCUCAAGCAUGGUAAAAAAAUAUCCGAUAUGGGACGUGGCGCGACCUACCCCUCAAGUGUUGAUGGAGCAAGCACGACGUGAUUUAAUGGAAGCAGAGGAAAAAUUGGCCAUCAAAAGAGAGGAAGAGAAAAAUAACAGAGCUGUGAUGAACGGCAAGUGGGAAGAACUGCGCAGUAAGGAGACGCUACUGAAGGAGUCUUUUAUAAGUUUUAAUAAGUUUAUCCGUGAGAAUCAAGAAAAACGUGACCGCGCCGAAAGGAAAAUGACGGCUGAUGCUGAAGUCCUCGAACGGAAGACAAGAGAAACGGACGCUAUGAGACUGCGGGUCGCAGAAAUGACGGAAGUCAAGGAGUUGAUGGAGAAACAAGUCAAAGACUAUACGAUUUACGAGGAUUAUUUAAUGGCAGUGGUCCAUCAAUAUCCUGAAUUCAAGCAACCUUUAGACGUUUUGAACAGAUACGAAGCAUUGGCUGCAGCUAAAAGCACUCUAGCGGACCGUCAAGAGCGAGACCUGGAGAUGCUAGAGAAUGCUCGACAAGAAAUAGCCGCUUUAACUGAGGAGAAGAAGCUGUUUAUAAUGGGCUUAAAUAAUACCCUGGCUAACUUGAGGUGGCGUUACGACAAAGUGAGAAGCAGAGUUAUAAAAUGGGAAUUGGCUUUGAAUCGACUGAAGGAGACCGCAGCCAGGCGUCACGUGGAGCUAAGCCACGUGCGGUCGGCUAUAUGGAGCCUGUACGUGAAGAUAUGCAAGCAGAAGGGUCUGGCGGUGGACGCCGGGUCUGAAGACUUUGAACAGCAGCUUGUCGUAAUCAUGAGAGCGCUGCUGGAGUUGAGGAAGAUUUACAAGAUCGCUCAACGAAGGUCUAAGGAGAAGGAUGCUGAAUCAACGUGACACAUCAAGCUUACCAUUAUAAACGAUCACAUUCUCUGAUCAAUAUUUUUAUGUAAAUUAAAAUGAAAAAAAAAAAUACUUCCAGAAACUUUAGUAUGAAUGUCAUUUUAGUAUUUUGGUUUAAAAAUAUUUUUCGCUGUUUUGAAAUAAUAAAUUUUCAUGCAGUUGUUAUGAAUUAAAUUUUUAUCACGUGCUGUUUAUGAAAUUUUUUUUAAUUGUUUUUAAUAAUUUGUUAUGGUUUUAAAAUUAUUAAUUUAAUAAAAAAUGUUAAUUAACGAA